CCCCUUCCUGCCCCUCCCACUCCAGAGACAAUACCACUCGGUAUCAAUGAUCUCUUCAUUAUCUGCUCUGAACUGGUGGGAGUGGCUCACAAGUGGAAGAAGGUGGGACUGGCUCUCAGACUGGACCCAAACUUACUCCGCAGAAUCAAGGCAAAGAAAAAUGACGUUGAAGACAACUUAUCAGAUGUGUUGGAGGAAUGGUUGAAGAAGUCGUAUGACACAGAGAGUUUUGGGGAUCCGUCAUGGAAACUGCUGGUGGAUGCAGUGGCUCAUCCAGUUGGAGGCAAAGACCGUGCCCUUGCCAUGGAGAUUGCUGCCA